AUGAGGUUUCAUGAUCAAUUAGAUGAGUUGUCUAAAUUUAACCUUGAUCAAACAGUUGGUUUCAUUAUUAAGUACACGUUUUCCGCGCUAUUCAUCGCCGCAAAUGCGGUCCCAUUUUUGCGGCAAUUGAACGAACCGUUUGCCGGCAAAACAUGGGUCCUGUUGUGCGCCAGCGCUAACGGUUGGGAAAAUUACGGCAUGGAGGCCGACGUAUACCACGCCUACCAAGUGAUAAAAGCUCAUGGCAUUCCCGAUGAGAACAUUGUAGUCAUGCAUUACGACGACAUCGCUCAGCACCCAAACAAUCCCGAUAAGGGAAUUGUGGUGAACCGAGUGGGCGGACCCGAUGUCUACAAAGGCGUACCCAAACACUAUAUCGGCAAAGAAGUCACUCCCCAGAACUUUUUGAAAGUGCUGCAAGGUAAUGCCACGCUUAAAGCGCAGGGUAAAAAAGUGAUCGAGAGCGGUCCUAACGAUCGUGUGUUUGUCUAUUUGGAUGAUCAUGGUGCUGAUGAGAUUGUAGCGUUCCCAAGUGGUGACGUGCUUCACGCCAAGGACCUAAACCAGGCGUUCAAAGACAUGAACACUAAGAAACAGUUCAAUCACCUCGUGUUUUAUUUGGCCGCUUGCGAAGCUGGUUCAAUGUUUGCCAAAUUGUUGCCCAAUGACAUUAAUGUGUACGCCGUGUCGGCCACUAAACCCGAUGAGCUCGGCUGGAAAGCCAACUCCGAAUGGAAAAAAUAUAACACCUGGCUCGCCGUAUAUUUCGCGGUGACCUGGCUGGAAAACAGCGAGACCGCCGAUCUGACCAAAGAGAGUGUUGAGACACAGUUCCAGUACAUUAAGGAGCGUAACAAUUUCACCAUGGACGGUGAGUUGCACUGGCAACACGCUCAGGAGUAUGGAGAUUUGACCAUUGCCAAUAAGGCCGACGUUAGCGAGUAUAUGGGUGAUAAAAAGGUCCAAUUUGAUUCGGCUACUGUGGCGCCCACUGGAUUCUCUCUAUCACGUGAUGCGGCCAUAAAUAUCGUCCGCAAACAGAUUGAGACUACCGAUGAUUUUGCGGCAAAACAACAGCAUGUUGAAAAAUUGGCAGCAAUGCUAUCCCGACGAGAAUUGUUGGACAAACAAAUUGAGGAAUACGUGAAUACUUUGCCCGGAAUUGACGCCAAUGUUGUGCUCAAUGAGAGACUAGACCUCAAUAAUAGAGAGUGUUAUAUAAAACUUGUCGACACUUUCUCUCACAACUGCUAUAAUAUCGGAGAGAAUACAUACUCUUUGUAUAAAAUGAAAACAUUGGUGAAUAUCUGCGAAACUACUGAGACUGAAGUCGCUGUCAAUCAUUUGAUUCAAUACUGCGAUAGCAUUGAGAAACCCAUUGAAAAGAUUCUAUAAAUGUUGUUAUAAUUAAUUGUUAUUUUUCAUAAUUGAAUUAUGAUUAUUAUUAUAAAAUAAAGCAAAAAUUAAACCAAGUAUAA